AGCGCGCGUAUUUUUCUCUGGCCACACUGGCAAUUGUUAGGAAUUUACGAAAAGGUCAGAAAAUUCAAUGAAACAAGUAAUUUAAAGGCUUAAAAGGCAUCAAAAUGGACGAUAUACGAACCAGCAUGGACAACAUGUUGGCGCGCUUCAACGAGAGCAUCACACACUCGGCGCCCAAGAAGCUGCUCUUCAACCGGCUUUCCGCUUCCUUUUCCGACGACUUUGUGGCUUCUCCCAAGAAGCGUCGCCUCGAGCGUGAGCUCCCGGACCGCAGCCUGAAUGCCAGCACCAGUUCGCUAAACAACUCCUCCGAUGGACUGGGCUCCUUUGAAGCCAGCCGGCUGCGCGCCGAGCUGAUCGAGUCCAAGGCUAUUAUUCUGCAGCUGCAGAAUAAGUUGGAGCAAAGGGAAACGGAGCACCGCCAGGCCAUGUUGCUGGAGCAGAACAAGAGCUCCGCUUUGAAGGACCAGUGCGAUAUCACCAGCAAACUUCAUUUGGAGAUGGCAGAGUCGCUAAAGAUCAGCCGCAAGCGGGAGACAACCUUAAAGGAGCAGGCCAGUCUUGCCAUAGCCGAACUGGAUCAAUUGAAACUCAAAUACGGUGACGUUGUGGCCAAGCUUGAGAGGGAGAAGGCUCUGCUGGAGCAGGACUCCCGCGAUGUCCAGCUGUGCAUAAGCAAUGAGCUGGACGAGUAUCGUCGCAUGGCUCAGCGGGCCGAUAUGGAGCUGCAGGCCACGCAAACUGAGCUGGAGAGCUUCCGUCGUGCCUAUGACGAGAUUAAGCCCAGAGUUUCCGGGUACGAAGAGCUGCGCGGCAAGUACGAGUUGCAAACGCUCAGCCUCGAUGUGGCCAAUGAAAAAAUUCGGGAUCUGGAGUCCCAAAUCAACGCAUACAACGACUGGAAGGAGAUCACCAAGGUCUCGCAAAAGCGUCUGGCCAGUGUUCCGGAAAUACAGGCUGAGCUGGAACGCUUGCGUGGUCAAAACCAGCGCUUGAACGGCAUGAUCGGGGACAAAUUGCUGCUUGAGGAGCAGGUCAAUGACUACAAGACGCGCCUGGACCGGUUGGAGGGCGUCCAGGCCGAGGCGGCAAGCCUGCAAGUGAAGUUAUCGGGUGUGGAGCAGGAGCUUAAGAUGUGGGUUAAGGUGGCCCAGGAUCACUGCUUGCCCAACACACUGGUCAGUCCCAUGGCCCUGCGCUCGCGUAUCGAACAGCUGCUGCAAGAGGACAUAAACCAAGUGGCCGAGAAGUCCUCCACCAAGUGGGACACCAAGCAUCUGCAGAAUUCCCUGCGUGACAUGGAGCAAAAGUGCUCCGUUUACUUGAAGAACAUCGAGGACCUCAAUAUGGUCCUGAAACGCCACAAGAACUUCAAGGAGCGGUUGCAACGCAAGCUAAUCACUGUCUCCAAGGAGCGUGACUUUUACAAGCAGAUGGUGGAUAAUUUCGACAAGGACAUGACCAUGAGCAAUGCCAGCGUGGCCGACAUGACGCAGGACAUGCAAGUGCGUUAUCGUGUCGAGGUGCUGGAACGUACUGUCACCGGCUACAAGGAUAUGUGUGCCACAUUGGAGCGUGAGAUUCAGGCAUUGCGCCAGCAAGAGAUGCUGGCCGAACCCUCUGGCGAUGGUUACGAUAGCAUCAAAAAGGAGCUGGACACGCUGCGGCUGGAGAACGAGAAGCUGCGCCGUCGCAAGAGCGAAAUGGAAUUGGAGCUAAUGAAUCGCUGCCUGCUGGGUGACUUUAAUAUGCGUGACUACAAGGUGGUGCAUUUUACUCAAAAUCCCGCUGCUGAAGCCUACGAGGUCAGCAAGAACAUGAUGGAGAAGCUGCAGGCGGAGAUUGAGCGUCUGAAGCGGCGCAAUAAGAAACUUGAGGAUGACCAGGAAGAGCAGACCACCACCACCGGGGGCAUGACCAUGAACUUUAAGGAGUUUAAUCAAUUGCGCGCCGACUUGGAGUCGGCCAAUGGCAAGAUGCGCAAGAUGAAGGAGUACUUCAAGGCGGCCAGCACAGAGUUCCGCGAUGUGUGCUAUAUGCUGCUGGGCUACAGGAUUGAUCGCAUCGGGGUCAACAGCAACUAUCGCAUUUCCAGCAUGUAUGCCGAGAGUCCGGAUGAUUAUUUGGACAUUACUCUCAAUGAAUCCAACUGCUUGGCUCUUUUGGAGUCACCCUACUCGCAGACUUUUAAGCCAGCAAUUGAUCAGCAGCUGGCGGCCAGCAACUCCUUUCCAGCAUUCUUCUCCGCCUUAACUCUGGAGCUAUUCCAAAAGGCCACAGUGACCAUAACUUAAGGAGGAGCUGCAUAUAAAUACAUAAAAGUCAAAGCUUAAAUGUAAGAAAUGUGUGUUUCGAUUUUAGUUUUAUAAAUGCAAGUAAAAAUGAGUGAAAUUUGUGUGCAUAAUAAAUGUUUUAUAAGAAA